GUCACGUUUCCACCCGGAACCACUUACUGUUACACAGUCACCGGGAUCAGCUGUGAGCAACCUGUCUUUUUCUCCUCGAUUAAACUUUUAUUCAGGUAAAAGAUGCCCAAGAAGAAGACUGGAGCUCGGAAGAAGGCUGAGAGCAGAAAGGAGCGGGAAAAGCAGAGUCGUGUGAAUAGAGAAACUGUGGAUGUGGCUAAACACCCGUGUAACGCCGCCAUGGAAUGUGACAAGUGUCAAAGGAGGCAAAAGAACAGGGCGUUCUGCUAUUUCUGCUCAUGGGUGCAGAAACUUCCCAUGUGCGCACAGUGUGGCAAAACAAAAUGUAUGAAGUCUUCAGACUGCGUCAUAAAACAUCCCGGCGUUCACAGCACUGGAAUGGGGAUGGUGGGGGCUAUAUGUGAUUUCUGUGAGGCCUGGGUUUGUCAUGGGAGGAAGUGUUUGAGCACUCACGCCUGCUCCUGUCCGCUCUCUGAUGCAGACUGCAUUGAGUGUGACCGCAGCGUUUGGGAACACGGAGGCCGGAUUUUCCGCUGCUCUUUUUGCCACAACUUUCUGUGUGAAGACGAUCAGUUUGAGCAUCAGGCCAGCUGUCAGGUCUUGGAAGCAGAGACUUAUAAAUGUUUGUCCUGUAAUCGUCUGGGUCAGCAUUCUUGUCUCCGGUGCAAGGCUUGUUUCUGUGAUGAUCACGCACGUAGUAAAGUGUUCAAGCAGGAGAAGGGAAAAAAUCCUCCGUGCCCAAAAUGUGGGCAUGAAACUCAGGAGACCAAAGAUCUCAGCAUGUCCACCCGAACACACAAAUUUGGCCGUCAGAGCGGAGCAGACGAUGAUGAUGAUGGAUACGGAGCGUCAGGAUACAGCUCUUACUGGAAAAAUCUGGAAUCUGGAGGUGGAGGAGGAGGAUAUCUGGAUGAUGAUGACAACGAGGAGGAGGACGAUGAUUAUGAUGAGGAGGAGGACGAUGAAGAAGAGGACGAAGAUGAUGAUGAUGAUGAAGAGGAGGAGGCCGAGGUCCAGGAUUCACUCUCUAAUCUGAGUAUAGGAGCAAGUGGAAAAACACAAUAGAAGGUCAGAUGUACACUGUAAACAAUAUCUGUUGAUCAACAGCUUCUGUAUUGUUUAUUUAUGGUUCUGAAUUGCAUUAUGGGAUGUUGAUCUCUGCUCUGUCCACUUUUGAUGUUGAAAAUGUACUUCGACAGUGUCACAGUGAGUUUUAGUGACAUGUUUAGUAGUUUAAAAUAAUAUUAUGCAUAAGAAAUGUUAUAUAUAGAAAUAAAUCACAGGAAAUGUGCUGGCAGUUUAUUACAAGGCUUUUGUAUCAUUAUUUACAACACCAACGCAGACAAUACAUCACUUUAAACCAUUACAAAUGUUAAUAAAAGUCACUUUUUCCAACUUUAAGGUUAAAAUUUGUUUGAAGAAAUAUUAAGCAUUCAUAAUGCAGUUCAAAAGCAUAAAUAAAUGAGGAAAAAUAAAAACAUGAUUAACACAAUAUGGAAAACUGCUUAUUUACGUGUAUUUUUUACAGUGUGGAUGAAGAUUUAGUGUCAUGGAAAUAAACGUGAGCUUUACUGUGUCUGAUAUUUGGCCUUUUACUAAAUGUCUAAUAAUAUAGAGAUGUGAAACGAUAUUUCUGACACCUUUUUGAAUUUCAAAUAUAUCUGAAGGAAAUGUUUUUAAAA